GUUGGGGGAACAUGAUAAGUUUUGAUGGCAUUCUACGAUACUUGGCCGAAAGUAGAUCCAAUCAUAGUGCUGGUGGUGUUAUGUCUGAUCGUGUUAGUUGACCGGAUAUGGGAGAUGAUACUCACCAAGAGGCAGCAAUUGGUGUGCCUGAAUGCGAUUAUGGUGCCGGAGGAGCUGAGAGGAAUCAUUCCGCCGGAGAUUUACCAUCGGGCCCGCAUCUACGAGCUGCAUAAAACGGAGCUACAGAUAUGGAAGUACCUCAUCGACUUGAUUAUUACGCUCUGUGAGCUGAUAUUGGGCUUCUAUCCAUUCCUCUGGAGCUUGUCUGCGAAGACUCUACAGAAAAUAACCUCCCAAGAGAUCUGGAUAACCUUGAUCUUUGUUUUCUACCUGACCAUUUACAUUUGUAUAAGGUUCCUGCCGGUUCUGAUCUAUGACAAGUGCCUGCUGGAGUUGCGAUAUGGGAUGUCGGGCAAGUUUCCUUGGUACCUCUACUGCUGCAUUGGAGCAAUGUCCAUUCUCCUAAGCCAGCUCGUCCUGUUCCCGUUGGCGGCGGCCAUUGUGUUCAGCGUAAAGUUCAUUGGGUACUACUUCUUCCUUUGGUUCUGGCUGUUCUGGGCUACGUUCACCCUGUUGCUGGUAUUUUUUUUGCCCUACUGCUGCAUUCCGUGCAUUGGACGACAGGUGGUUUUACCAGAGGGCACUGCCCUCUAUAUGGAGGUGAAGCGUGUUUGCGAUGUGGUUGGCUUCCCCAUGAAGAGGGUAUUUAUCAUAAAGACCCGGACAAUGCAGUAUAGUAAUGCCUACUUUUACGGGAGCUGCUGCCUGAAAAGAAUUGUAAUUUUUGAUACCUUGCUAUUGAACAAGGGCAAGGAACCCAAUGAGAUCCAUCCCUAUGAGGUGGGCAGAGGUCUGACCAACAUCCAGGUGGCGGGAGUGGUGUGCCAUGAGUUGGGUCACUGGAAGCACGGACAUUUCUACAAGGCUACGAUCAUCAUGAAGAUUCACUUCUUUAUCACCAUGGGACUCUUCGGAUUGUUCUUUCACUCUCCCCAGCUAUACAUGGCAGUGGGUUUCGAGCCUGGCGUUAUGCCCAUCAUAGUGGGUUUCAUCAUUGUUCUGAAAUUUGCCCUUACUCCUUAUCUCACGUUGGCCAAUGUCUUGAUGCUGUGGAAUCUGCGUCGCUUUGAGUAUGCCGCCGAUAAAUUUGCCCAUCGCAUGGGAUACUCCAUCCAACUGAGGAUGGCGCUGGUUAAGAUCUAUGCGGAUCAUAUGAGUUUUCCGGUCUACGACCAAUGCUAUGCUCGAUGGCAUCACACUCAUCCCACGAUUCUUCAGAGACUGGCCUAUCAGCAGAAACUGGAUGUGAAGGCCAUGAAUGCCGGAACCUAUUAAUCUCAGUAGUCGCCGACCUAUACAUUCGUUUGAUUUUGUACGUUUUUCGAGAUAUCCUGUAAAAUUGACCGUGUUACCAUGACUCGAAAACAAAUUGCUACGCCCCGCUGUGAAACUAUCUCCAAAUUGGUGGUCAGCGUCGGCAGUGGCGAAACUUUUCUUACUUAUGCAGAUGCUACAACACGAUCCUUCUGCGCGAAUCCCUCGUGGCUGAACUUUCAAAAUGGCAUGAUGGAAGUGGGGCCGAUUAGUAAACCGAAUCCCCAUGAUUCUCAAAAGGAGGCAACCUCGUUUCUGGAGCGACAUUUCGGAAGCAAGCGUCUGGACUCCGAGCAAAUGAACGCGGAAUUUAAGAACAGGAAGACGAUUAUCUGGCACACUUGGCUGGUGGAGAAGGUGCGGUUUCCUCCAGCUCAGUGUGCGGUCAUCAAGGAAUGGAAGGAUCCCAUCACGGAGACUCUGGGCAUUUGCUAUUGUUCCUGGCACUUGCAGAGCUGCAUGGCCUGGCAGCUUAUUCUCAGUAAUCGAAUGACGGAUGCCAAGUGCUUCUGUUCGCGAAUCAAGAAAACGAUGGACAUUGUCAACUGUCUCGUUGACUCGGAAGUGGAACAGGAGAAAACAUUUAAGGAUUGUUCUUCCCCCUUAGCCGUGUUAACCGAGAAAGUGCUUGAUGCCACUGAUAUGCUGAAGAAACUGAAUGAUCUUCUAGAGCUCCAGGAGAAACUCAAUCGGAAAUACAAACGCCUGUGUGUAUAGAAAAAAAAAUAAGGAAAUCAAAAGACUACUUUUGGAGUGCUGACCCCUUGAUGUCUGCAUAGAUUGUAUUGUAUUUAUUUUAUUAAAACAUUUCUGCUGU